CUGUAAUUGAAUAUUAUAGUAUAUACAUAUUCUUUUCCUCCAGCUUGGGCUAAGUCCCAUCACAUUCACACAUAAAGUUUGUCACUUCCACUUCCCUUCCUGUGAUCCUUUUAUUAUCUCUCAUCUUUGAUCAUGAAUCAUGUUUCUCCUCUUCUGAUACGUAGUAUUUGGUUCUUCAAUAGCUAAAACAGUCAAUGAGACGCUUCUCAAACCCUGUUUCUCCUUUUAUGACACUAAAUGGUUGGUAUCUUGUGUCUUCAUUGAAUUUUAGUUUGGUCAGUGUUUUAAUUAGUGGUUCAUCACAUGACAAGUUCCAAUCGCACUGGGUCUCUUUUCUAUUAUUGUUCAGGAUAAAUUUCAUUGGGUUUUGUGCAGUUUGGUUUUCCCAAUACAAUUUGACCUUAAGCUUCUUUGUUUUUUCCUCCCUCUCCUCCUUAACAUAAGGUAUUACAGCAAACCAGCUGAUAUGGAUUUUGUGUCAUUCAAGUCAUUGGUUGAGACUUGAGCAAGGGAGGUUAGAGUUGUGAGAGCAGAGAGGUUCUUUCAGUUCAGAUUUGCCAGUAAAAAGUUGAAAUGGGGAAACUUAGUUGGAUGUUGGACAAGUUCUGUAUUUCUUCUUGUUCAAACACCUGCUUCUGUGUAAAUUCCAUGGAAUUUGAAGAUGAGUUUGAGAGUAAGCCUUUGAUUGCAAGUGACAGUGAUCAUAAACUAAGGCUGAAGGAUGUAGUUAAUGGAAAGCAGACAUUGGCUUUUCAAUUGAAACCCAAGAUAGUGAUAUUGAGGGUGUCCAUGCAUUGCCAUGGCUGUGCAAAAAGAGUUGAGAAACAUAUCUCAAAGCUGGAAGGAGUGAGCUCAUACAAGGUAGAUCUGGAAACCAAAAUGGUAGUGGUUUGUGGCGACAUUCUCCCUUCAGAAGUGUUGGAAAGCGUAUCCAAGGUUAAAAAUGCAGAGCUUUGGAAUUCUCCAUGCUAAUUAAUAAGGAAAAAUUAUGCACAAAACACCAUCGGCCACAACAGAUUCCACAAAAGUCAUUUUUGUAGCUAUUAUUAUACUGAUAUAAUAUAAUAAUGCUAAUACCCCGCGUCAUGUUCCAGCAAUUCUCUUGCACGAAAGAAAAAGAAAAUUAAAGAAAUGCAUUCAUUAAUGUCUCUCCCUCUCUUCAGUACAUUUGGCUUUGACAUUGAUGGCUAAAAAUUUCACUGUUGUCAAGUUGCACCCCAAAAAAAUUUAGUGAUCUCUCUAUUCUUCGUUUUA